GCCUCGGUAGCACAGAGGGCUCAGCGGGGCGGCCAAUCAGCAUGCGUCUCUGUUCUGACCAAGGUGCUGACCCUCCCCAGUCGUCCAUGUUGUGCUGAGGUGCGGAGGAGAGGCGGAAUCAUGGUGAACAUUGGAUAACAGCCCGCCAAGAUGUCCUCGUCGUCCCAGGGCCUGGAGUUCCUUGACCUGAGUGGGGUGAGUCAGGAUGAGCGCCAGGAACUCCUUUCCCUUGUCUCUGGUGCCACCCCUGCGGUGCUGGUGCUGGCCCCUGACACCUCAGCCCCAGCCCCACUCCACCCAGCACCCCAGGCCAGGGAGGAGGAUGAUGAGGAAGAGGAGGAGGAGGAGGAGGAGGAGCAGCAGCAACAACAGGAGCAAGAACAGGAGUUGGAUGUAGAACAUGAGGAGGAGCAUGAACAGCAGGUCGGCGUAGAUGAAGAGAGCCGUCCGCCCAGCGCCGGCUUGGAAGAGCCGGCAAUUCCUCUUCAGGAGCAGGGAGUUUAUGGCGAUGAUGAAAGUAAGAUGAAUGUGGUGGCUGGCUCAGCCACACCCAUCAGCCAAGACCCUGUCACCACUACCUCCACCACAGCUACAGCCACUACAACCACAAGCACUAUCACCACAUCUGUUACACUAGCUUCCUCUUCUUAUGGUGGAGCUGAAGUAUUGGGUCCACGAGCUUUCACAGUGCCCCCACCAAGCCUGGGUUCACAGGGUCAGGCAGGAGGGCAGCAGGUGUACCAGCCCUACCCCACUCACUCCCCUGGAAAUCCUCCCGUGUACAACCCUCACAUGCCUCCUCCCUCACACCCCCCUCACUUUACCCAGAUGCCCCCUCCUAUGCUACCUCAGGGGGCCACUGUGUACGUGGCCAACUGUCACGUCAACCUUUCGUCUUCCUAUAAUGGAGGACAGGGCCACAUGCCUGUUCUUGGUUCCACUCCUGGCCCAUCUCAGUCACCUCCUCCCCAAUCCCCAGCUCUAGUACCCUCCCUCCCUAUAAUGCAAGAGCCUGCACCCCAGCCACCGCCACACCCGCCCCAGGUCAAGCCUGUGCACGAAGGUAAAGUUGAGUAUGAAGGCCGCAGGAACUUCGACCCUUUCCGUGGUGGUCAUCGUGGACGGGGCCGAGGCCGGGGCCGGGGCAAACGGCUUAAUCUUGAGAGGGGUGGGGGUGAGCAUCCUGGAUUUGGUGGCGACAAACACUACCAUGAAGCUGCACCUUUUGGGAGCUUGCACGGACAGUAUGUGUAUCCAAACAUACAGUAUCACAUGAGGGGUGGUGGUGGCUACCCUCCUUACCCCAGUGUGCCUACAGCCCAGAAUGUCCAGGGGAUGCCUCUUAUGUAUGGUCAGCAGUAUGUACAAUAUACACACGGACCUAUGACCCCCCUGCUCCCCUACUCAUCAGGCCCCCAUGGCAGCCAGCAUCCUGCAGCUGCCCUCCAGCACCUGCACCACCAGCACCCUCACCACCACCCCCACCCUCAGCAACAGCACCACCACCACUUCCACCAACAGCAACAUCAUCAUCAUCAACAACAGCAACAGCAGCAGCACCAGCAGCAGCAACAACAACAGCAACAGCAAACACAACAGCAGCAGCAGCAGACAGAAACAGAAUCUCCUGAGCAAGAGCAUCAGUACCAUUUGCAACAGCCACAGCCACAACCUAACUUUCCAGAGCCUCCAGAAGUUGCUGGCUCUUCAAACUUGCACUCUAACCAGCCAUUUGUCUCCACUUCACAGACAAGAUCAUCUCAAUUUGAGAGUGUUACUUCUGUGGGUGUUUCAGCCCCAGCUGUUAACUUUACUCCCUCUGUUACAGCUCCUGCUGAGGCAGGCAGUGUCAGUCCUCUGACCAGCCAGACAGCCUCUCUGGUGCUGGAGGACUGUGUGGAGACCAGGACCUCAUCCAUGGGCAUUGUCAGCCCCAGUCAGGAAGCACCAGUCCCUGUAGGCCAAGAAGGAGAGGAAGCCACACCCCAGCCCACCUUACACAGUCAACCUCCAGCCCACCACCAGACUUCCCUGCAUUCACUACCACCUCCCAACAUGCAAGUGCCACCUCCAGGUCAGAGCCAAGUACCAUUAUCAGGACAGGUCCAGGUACCUCCUCCAGGUCAGAACCAAGUAUUGCCAUCAAGUCAGGUUGAGGUUCAAGUACCACCUCCAAAACAAAACCAAGAAGCAAUGUCACAUCAGACUCUGGUACCUCCACCACCACCAAGUCAGGUCCAGGUACCACCUCCUUCAGGUCAGGGCCAGAUACCAUCAAAUCAAACCCAAGUUCCCCCUCUGGGACAGGUUCCAGGGCCAUCCCCAGGCCACAGUGCCCAAGUACCACCUCUGGCUCAGGGGCAGGCACCUCCUCCAGGUCUUACCCAAGAACUGCCUCCCAGUCAGUGUCAGGCAUCACCUUCCAGUCAAGGUCAGAGUCAGGUACAAGCACCAGCUCAGACCCAAGAACCACCACCCAGUCAUGUGCAAGUUCCACCACCUACUCACAUCCAGGUAGCUUCUGGCCACACAACCCAGGUGUCACCUCCCAGCCAUGUUCCUCAAGUACCUCCACCCAGCCACACCCAGGCACCCCCACCAGGCCUUCCCCAGGUACCUCCCCCUGGCCUUCUUCAGGUUCCUCCUCCAGGUCUUGCUCAGCUGCCACCGCCUUGCCAAGCACCACCACCAGCCCAUAGUCAUGUACCCCCACCUGGUCAGGCUCAGGAGCUGCCUGUGGGCCAUGUUCAAGGGCUGCCUACAGGCCAGGUCCAGGCACCUUCUGCAGGUCAGGUAAAGACCCCACAGCUGCCUGUACUCUCAGCACCAGCCAGUCACCCACAAACAGCAUCCAAGAUUUCUUCAGGGAGUAGCAGCAAGUCCUCCAGCACUCCGCAGGUGUUGUUCCGUCAGAUGAACAAGAGCAAAGUGGCGGGCAUGGAGCAGACCACUCUAGCAGACAUAACUUUUAUGUCCGAUGAAAUACAACCUGAUGUGGUGACUGAAAUGCCUGUGGAACUUGUGAUGACUCCAAACCCACUGGGAGCCCCUGAACCCUCCCCCUCUAGUGUAUCCUUCCCUUCCACUCUGCCUGUAGCAGAUCCUCCAGCCUCACAGGGGAACACUCCCAUUGCAGCACCAGAGGCUGGGGGGAGGCAAAUGAACAAUGAUGUGGGAGUAGCUGUUCAAAGUGCACCCACACCUGCUGACACCAACUCUGUGAUGUCUGAGGUGGUGAUGCCUCCGCUAACCACAUCUCCUGCUACCACUGCUCCUGGUGGUGCUUGGGCCCAGAAGAAAAGUUGGUCUCAACUCUUCAAGCCAUGUGAUGAAGUAGGAGCAAAGCAAGUAGCCUAUGUUGCACCCUUCAACCAAGGAGCAGAAAAGCCAUGUGAGGAAGUUUCUCUACCCCUUGAGGCUGCUGACCACAAGGUGUCAGACACUUCACUCUCAGAGGCAGACAUGGAGAAAGCAAAGAUUGGAGGGAUGCUGCGUCAGUAUGUGCAGGACCACCACCACGCAGCCCUGCAGCCCCGCGGCCUCAUCAACAAGGCCAACUGGUGUUACAUCAACGCCCCACUUCAGGCACUCCUUGCUUGUCCACCAUUCUACAACCUCAUGAAGAACAUACCCAACAUUGCUGGCCUCAAGAAGGGAAAGUCAUCUACACCAGUCAUUGAUAGCAUAGUGGAAUAUAUUCAUGAAUUUUCCGAAAUGGCCCCCAUGCUAAAACCUUGCAAAAAGGACAAGAGUGGGAAUGCUGCCCGUAAAGAGACUGAGAUAGUGACUGGGCCACCUUUUGAGCCAUCCUAUGUAUACAAGAUGCUGGCCAACAUCAAUGGAGACCUGUUCAGUGAUGGCCGCCAGCAAGAUGCAGAAGAAAUGUUGUCCUUUGUGCUCAAUGGUCUGCAUGAGGAGAUGGUGGAGGCAUUGAAGCUGGCUGGGGAAUGGAGUCCCUCACCCACUGGGGAUCAGCCAGCCGUGAAUGGUUCUGUCAACGGGGAGACCAACGGCUCAGACCAUGAAGAUGCCUCUGAUGACUCGGAUGAGUGGCAGAUGAUGGGCUCUCGCAAACGCUAUUGUGUGACCCGCACUGCGACCUUUACCCCCACCCCGAUCAGUGCCAUAUUCUGGGGUCAGCUGAGGUCAGAGCUGCACCAGGCUGGAGGUCACACCACAGCCAACCUGCAGCCAUUCACCACCUUGCCCCUGGACAUACAGUCGAGUAAGGUAGAGAGUGUGAGGGAUGCCUUAGAACAACUGGUUAGCAAGGAGGAGAUACCAGACUACACUGAUGCAAAGACCAACCAGGAUGUCACUGUCUUCAAACAAGUCUUUCUGGAGCACCUGCCCAAUGUCCUCAUCCUGCAGCUGAAAAGAUUUAUAUAUGACAAAGAUGGAGGUCUUCAGAAAGUCAUGAAGAAAGUCAAUUUUCCUAUUGACUUGGAAAUCACUAAAGAGCUCAUGUCAUCAUGUAUCCGUGGCAAAUUAUCCCCUGUGCAGAGGAAGUACAAGUUGCUUGCGGUAGUGUACCAUGAUGGAAAGGAGGCCACCAAGGGACAUUAUGUGGCAGAUAUCUACCAUGGCGGCUACAACUGCUGGCUGCGGUGUGAUGACAGCUUCAUCAAAGAGGUUCCAGAGAGUGUUGUGAUGCGCCAUGUGCCACCACGCGUCCCCUACCUCUUGUUCUACCGUCGGGCAGACACUAUGGUCGGGCCGUCACCCAAGGCCAAGUCAUGAGAGCCAUACCUGGCCUUGGGUAGCAGUUUGUGUUCAGCUUUUGUGAUACAGCAGUGUUGUGUGUGAACAGGGUUAAUACGCUCUUAGUGGUAAGACAUGCUUCCCCAUCAACACUUGAAAGGAAAUCAGUGCAGUGUGAAGUGGCAUGAAGUACAACCUAAUUGUGGUACUCAAGAUAGGGAUGGUUGUUGAAGAACCCUGUUACUACCACUGAAUAAAGAUUUUUGAGCGAAUAUUUUCAGCUAAAUAAAUGUAAUGAGUUUCAGACUCCAAAAUAAGUUCUUUGGCUGGCUGGUUGGGAAAACAGUGACCAGGUGUGUUAGAAAAUACUGGGAUCAAGCCAAGCUUUUUGUGUGAUGAAACUAUUGAGUGUAGAAAGAACAGACACAAAAGUGCUGUUGCUUGUGUGUGUGUGCGUGUGCGUUCCCCCCCUUCCCCUUCUGACCUUGAAGGUUCUGUGCAGAACAUUUUAGUUUUCUUCCGACCCUAAGUGAUAAAAUAAUCAUAUACUCUGCCUUUGUAUUACUACCUAUACAUGUGUGCUUAUUUAAAGGAUCUAGUUAUUCCUAUGAAGGUGGAGGCUGUGGCUGUAAAAAAUGCUGAAGAUUGUUAAGUGCAUUGCUUGGUCAGGAUACACAGCUUUCAGAACAGUCCUCAACAGGAUUCUCAAGUCGUGCAUUGAAGUUACUUUUCUUUUUGAGUACUUGAUUCCUUGGUAUUUAUACUUUGCUUGUCACUUUAGUAUUGCUACAGGUUUGUCUUAUGGAUCCUUUGUUACUCCCAAGUAGUUAUUUAAAUUUAGGGUCAAAACUUUUGCCCAUAAACUCAGCAAGUGAAGACUGUCACCUUGAUUAUAAUCCCUGUCAUUCAAGUGUGAUAUGGGCAAAAAAAAAUGUUGAAGGAUGUGUUUAAGUAAAUUUCCCUGAUGGAUGGGCUCAACAGUAUUGCCCCAACAUCUUUAUUUUGAGAUUUCAAGGAAAAAACAUGGUUUUGCAGUGAGUGAAGUUAUAACUAUUUGGUGUUUUGGGGCACCUACUAUGCGUUUCAGAGGCCGUGUUUUAUCGUUUUUCGGGAAUUACUUUCAAGAGAGUGUCAGAUAGGGAUAAUUUGGCAAAGCAUGCUUUAGACUUUGCCCCAUUUUUGGUAAUAUAAUUUAUUAACAAGAUCUGGAUAAUUUAGGCACUUACAAAGAGGCAUGUAAUGAUUAACCUGGCAGAUAAAAUGCUUCCUGUUGCGAGGCUGGCAAACGUUUGUGUGGAUACGACGUUGUGCGCAUGCGCUGGAAGGCCAACAUAUUAUAUUGUGCCCAGCAUUAAUGCCCGAGCCCUCCAGCUGUGAACAUGGCAGCAGAGGCGUUGUCUUGGCGGGCAGGUAGGCUGGCAGGAUGGUUCAGUGACUGGAGAGCUAUAUCAAGCUUCUCUUAACUGUUCUGUUGAUGGAUAUCAAAAAUACAAAGAUUAAAAGAUAAAACUUGUGGCAGAGCUAAGGACUCUUGCCGCAAGUGAAUGAAUCGUUCACCUGACAUCUCGCUGGCCAGUGCAGGUGCACAAAGCCGUCUCUACACAAACGUUUGCUAGUCUUGCAACAGGAAGCACUUCACCUGCCGAGUUUUGUCAUUAUGUGCCUCUUGUAAGUGUUUCAAUCACCUCACCUUGUUAUUAGAUCAUUCUGAGGAAAAUAGGAUAAGAUCUGAAACCUGCUUUGCCAAAUUAUCCUUGUUUGAUACUUUGUUAAAAGUUAUUCCAAAAAUAUUAUAACUUGGUCUCUGGAACCCAUAGUAACAGCUUUGAUAGUAAUACUGCAUCUUAGGUAAGCUAAAAAAAAAAAAAAUGUGUGCACGUGUGUGUGUGUGUGUGUGUGUGUGUGUGUGUAGGUGAAAGAUUACCUGGUUAUGGCAAUGUGUGUAUUUUGUAAGUUAAAAUACAGGGACCCCACAGAGAGAGAGAGAGAGAGAGAGAGAGAGACUACAUUGUUAAUUUUUAGAUAAAUAAAUAUUGUCAGCUGGCAACUUCCAUUUAAAUGGUAAUAUUUGCAUCUUCCUACAUAUUUCGGUUUUGCAAGAUGGCAUUCAUUAGAAGAAAGAUAUUGUGGAAUUAAAUAAUUUGUUUUACCCUCUAUAUACAGAGCAUAGAGUGCUCUACAGUUUGCGCUUUUGUGGUUGGCAAGAUUUGUCAACUUGCAUCGUUUGAUUUUUUAUUUAUUUUUGGUUAUUGAAGUUGGAUUUUGGGUAGUGUUGUUAAGGCCUUGCAUUGUCUGAUUUUGUUAUUGAGUGUGCAUAAAACAUUUUUCAGUAUACAUAAAUUGUGAGGAGCAUAGCAUGUGCCUUUAUAAGGGCCACAGGGCAGAGCAUCUCAUGUCCCUCUUGGUUAAGGUGUUACUCCAAUGCUGAAUAGGAAGUGUAUUUUUGGUGCCUGUUAAAAGAGGGAUAGUUGUGCCCUUGUUAUGUUAAUCUGAGCAAUGAGACACCAAAGUAUGGUGAAACAUUGCCUAAAGGUCUUAGGUCCAUUUUGUGCCUCUUGUUUAAUAGUAAGUAGAAGCUAUACAGGAAUGGGAUACCAUAGGUGGUUGAAUACAUCUCACAUGAAAUUCACCUGAUACCACGCCCAACGUGUAAGAAACUGGUGGUAUAUUAAAAAUUUGGGUGUGCAUUAAUUUUGAACAUGCCUGACUACUAAAAACUGGAUCAAUAGGAUUUCUUUCAUAAAAGACUGCUUAUUGCAUUGGAGAUUUAAGAUCCAUAGAUAAACUGAAGGUUUACCACAGUCACAUAAUAAUAUAGAAAUGGAGAUCUUAGAACCAAUUACUAGUGUAUUAUACAACAGGACCUAUUGUAUGGAUGUAUUCUACAUAUGGAAGUAAAUAAUGCACAUAGCUUAUGAUUGUACACAGACAUAUUAGCAUUUACCGAGAAUGAAUGUUGAUUAGAACGGGAGGAUGGAUGUAGGCCUGUGGAAUGUCAUGGUUCAGAGUUUGUUGUGUGGCGUGACAUGUUUGGUGGCAACUUACUUGGUGGCCGUAGCUUGUCUCAGGAGUAAAUUAGAAUGCUUUGACCAAAGGAAAUAUUUUUAAAUGCUGUAGGCAUUAUGUCCAAAUGCAUUGAAAUUUUCUUUGACCCUCAAGUUGAAUAUUGCGUCCAAGGUCUUAGAAUUGCACUGGAGAAAAGGAAGUUUGUUGUAACUCCUUUGCUACAGUUGUUACUCUGGGAUUGUCCAUCUUAUGCAAUGAUUAUAAAAAUGGUCUGUGGGUGUGAAGAGUUUUCAUGCUGUAUAAAAUCUCAAGUACUGAAAAAACUUUGCUCUUCCAUUUCUAGCGUGCACCUAAAAACUAGGCUGCUUCAGUAAGCUUGUCACUGUUUGUAUCAUGGCAUGAGGUAGACAGUCUGCCACACAUUUUUUGUUUGAAGGGGUCACUACAUUUCCUUUUUCUCGUAAUAGCAGCUCAGUCCUCAGACAUCCUCUUUCUUCACCUCAGUAGUCAUUGCUGAGGAACAUGACUCCUGACACAAGCCAGAUAGAGCUGUCCCUUAGGAGGGAGAGAAUUCCUUCGCUUUCCACUUUACCUAAAAUCAGACUCAAUUAUCAUAUUCAGGAAGACAUUUUCUCUGCUAUUUAUUCCUACACCAAAUUAUUAAGUAGAAAAACCAAAUUAAAAUAUCCUAAAUAUAACUAACCCCAUCCGACUCUUCCUUGCAUUACCUCUUUAGUUCAUAAUCUUUAAUUGUUCUUAAUCCAUGACCAUCUAAUGUUUAAUGAAGGAAUGAGCAUAUAUUAAAAUGUUAGGAAGAUGUAUAGAAAAGGAAUGACAGUUCAUUAACAGGACAGGUUACCUCAUGCAUGUCAUAAUCCAGAUGGUAGCAAUCUUACUCAAGCUGCUUAGGACCCAAUUUUAAGCUGAAAAUUAACAUAGAAGGUAUUUCCUGUUAAACUUAAAAACUUAAAGGCAGUGUUAUCAAACUUAGGGUUUUGUCCACCGCCACAAUGUAAUAAUAUUUGUCAAAACAAUUGCGAGCAUAUAACUUAACUGCUUAAUGGCAUUCCAUUUCAUAGAAAGGCAUACUGAUGCAUUAAGGUUGGGUAAAGGUUUAGAUCAUCAUUUCUGGAAAAUAAACUUUUCUGAUAAUGAGUAUUGUAGCAAAGGGGUUAACAGUCUGUUAUUGAGUGUGAAAAGAUGCAUGUGCCAGUGUGUGCACAUGGCUGAGAGUGUGUACUGUGAGUUGUGCCUGGUGUAGGGUCCCAGAGAAUGGGACUAGCCAAUACCUGUACUUUACAGGGUUGAUCUUUUCAGUCCAAACUGUGAUGGGUUGUUAAAUUCAUAUAAGAUGAAUAGUUUCAUUUAACAUAUCUUUAUAGUUUUUUUCCCUUGUGCAAGAGCAUUGGUUUAUAUGUUAUUAGCUGCACCUGCCCAAUUUGAAGCUUUGCCUUUAUAUGGUCAUGUUUAAUGGGCACAUAAGACAUGAGGUAGAGCUGUAAAUGGUUAAAUUAUGUAACUGGAAACAUUCUAGGAUAACAGGCUCAACUAGAUUGUAAUGCAACUUAUCUGUACUGUCAAGUCAAAGCAUCUAGCUCACAGGUUCAGAGGCAUGCCAGGGAAAAUUUGUUUAAAAAAAAAAACUUUAAUCUUCAGAUGUGAUCCAUUAUACUUAUUUACUAACCAAAAUUUGUGUGCUAGCAGGCUUACAGCCAUUUGUACAUGAUUAUUUUUGUUUUUACAUUUUUCCUUGGUUUGGCAUUUGUAACAACAAAGUUCCUAAUGAGUUGCUCUUGCUGAAAGUGUACUGUUAAAUUGGUUUGGUGAAAGUGGAUAAGUGAUAUUGUAAAUAUUGAUGUAACUACAAUAAAGGACACCCAAAUAUCAA